GCUCUAUUUUUGGGAGAAAGUCAUGGCUGCAUCUAUUAUGAAGCACUUUAAACAAAAACAGGGAAGCUUCCACAGUUUCAAACACUGCUGUUAUUGUUGGAAAACAUACUUAUUUUAUGUCACCACAAACUGUGGGUACAGGCGAAGCUGGGGGAUCCCAGUAUGUGAUUACAGACUUGUGCCGACGUUGUUCUCUUAAAGGGGCCGUCUUUCACAUCACCCAUCCUGAUAUGGUCAUGAUCAUGGGAUGGAGGUUGGUGACAAGUAUACACGUUCCUCGUACUGCACAGACUUGUCAACAGUUCUUUGUCACGCAUGCCUCAUCAUGGAGAGUGAGCUAUUUAGUCUUUUUUUCUUUCAUAUCUGCUGAGUUUUUCAUUCUCCUCUAUACUGGAAUGCUUUACAGGGUCACUAUGGAGCAAGGAAACUUGGAUGUGAGGUUUGAAGACAAACGGCCUGUGUGCCAGAGGAUGUGAAAAUAAAAUGUAUAUUUGAAUAUAAUUUCUCCAUGAGGUUAGGUCUUUCAUAUAUGGAAAAAUACACUGCAAAGCUACUAGUUUAUCUAGAUUGUGAACUGGUUAACGUUUAAAUCACACUUUGUCAUAUAACCAGAAGUAGUGGCGGUUGUGGUAUGUUUAGCUGACCCCUUAUUCAUCCAGCGAGGUUUGUAUUGAUUAGAGCUCUCUGAUGGAGCACUUACCCAUCCUUUUGCAAAUAAAUAAAAACUAGAGCCAGACUUAUACAAAUAAGUAGCAGACAAAUGGGUAUUUUGCUGGGUGCUGUUUUCUUUAAAAACUCACAGAAAAAUGACGAUUUUUGGGUAUGAAUCUCAUCCUAAGCAGCAUAGCGCAUGAAGCAGGGGUACACCCCGGAUGGGAUGCCAGUCCGUCAUAAGGUAGACAGAUACACACACACACAGACUCAGAACCACACACUAUGGGCGAUUUAGAAAUGACUGAUGAAGUGGUGUCACCAAAUUAAUGAUGGUCAAUCAAAAGAGAUUGCUUUCUUCCAUAGCUCCAUCAAAACUACUGUUUUUGAUGUAAAUAAUCAGAUAAUAUAUUUUACAUCUCGGUUGCAAGUAGCAGGCAGUACAGUUGAAGAUUAGGUAUUCAUCCCAUGCAACAGGUGUAUGACUAACACAAACUGGCACCCAACAGGAGGGAUGUCUGAUGAUUCCCACCAAAAAAGAAUACAAAAAGCUGCAACAGAGGCCACGGUUGACAAUGAAGCACUCAUAAUGUAGCUGUGUGAGCUUUCGGACAAAGGCCAAAGAGAGAGGGAAGGAGAAAGGGACAUUAGGAAGGAGGGAACAGAGAAGGGAGGGAUUGGAGGAGAGGGCCAGUCUAGACCAAAGACCUCAGCUUAUCACCCUCCUUCAUUUUCUCCUUCUCUCCAAGGGAGCCACACGCAGAGACAAAGCUGGCUGUCAGAAACGCCAUGUUGGGCCUUGUCCUCUUCGUGAGCCAUGUGCUGCUCCAACUGGCGCACGGACUCCCGCCGGCCUUCAAAGUACGCCUGGCCGGCAGUGGCGUCGGGAGGAAACCAAACCAAGGCCGCAUCGAGGUCUUCUAUAACAAUGCAUGGGGCACCAUCUGCGACGAUGAGGUUGACAUCAAGCUGACCAACGUGAUUUGCCGCGAGCUCGGCUUCCGGCGCGGGAUCACGUGGGCGCACAGUGCCAAGUUCGGACAAGGGCGAGGUCCGAUUUGGAUGGACAAUGUUCGCUGCACUGGCACAGAAACAUCAAUAGCGAACUGCCAGUUUAAUGGCUGGGGAGUCAACGACUGCACGCAUGCUGAGGACCUCGGUGUGAUCUGCAGUCCCCAGAGGAGGUCUGGCCCCCCACACCGCAGGCCUGAGCCUGAACGUGUGAACCCAGCAUCUUCACAGAUAGAAGAUGUGAACUCGCUGUCCCCUUGGACAGAGCAUGCCUUUUCUCCUUCUCCACCAUCCGAGCACUUCAAUUCACUUUCCUCAUGGUCAGAGAAUGCUCAGUCAUCAUUUCCACGCUCUGAACAAGUGAACUCUCCUUGGAUGGAGGAUGCGUACACAUCAUCUCCACGAUCGGAACGGAUGAACUCUGCAUCUCCGUGGUCAGGUAACGCCAUCCGACGCGUGAGUCCUGCUCCCCCUGAGCCAGAACGCACGAUCCUUCCCCCUCCACCAGAGCGCACGAGACAGACUCGACGGGGUCACGAGAUCGCCCUUCUUCGGAACCAGAACUCGCCACGGCAAGGGCGCCGGCCAGCCCAACCCCGUGGACAUGUGAUCCAUCUGCAGCGUAGCAAUGGGAACACGGUCCCACGUGGGCACCAGAUUCCCACAGGUCUUGGGAGUGCUGCUGCGCAGAGGCCCAGCAAUGCAGUCACGCAUGUAGAGGAGAAUCGGCCUGAGCCAGUGAGCAGACAUGCACCGGAGAGGUACACCAGCCAAUAUGAUUCGGCCUCCACCCAUGUGAAUUUUGAAGAGGUACGUCUGCAGCCCGUCGUGCCAGCGACCAGAGGUUAUGCGCUGGUUACAGAGGGUGCGGUGGAAGUGAUGUACAAUGGGAAUUGGAGGUAUGUUUGUGACCUCGGAUGGGACCUCAAUGCCGGUGGAGUAGUCUGCGGGAUGCUGGGAUUUCCUGCGGCGGAGCAGCACAACGUCAAUAUGUACAGGAAGGCAUGGGACACGAUGAUGGCCGAUCCAUCUGACAGGCUGGGCUCCCAGGUCAGCAAGAAGACCUCCUGGGUUGAGAAGGUGCUCUGUCAGGGCACAGAGAGCAGCCUGGAGCAGUGUCGUGCACUGCUGUCCAUCCCCCACAGCGAGGUUCCCUGCGAAGGCGGCAUGUUCGCCGUGGCUCGCUGUGUCCCAGGGACCCAGUUUGCCAGUUUGGCCACCACUUAUGACAGCACAUCAUGGGUGCCCCACAUCAAUCAGGGUGUGGUGCGACUGAAGGCCGGGCCCCGUCUGGGUGAGGGGCGCGUGGAGGUUCUGCGCGAGGGGAAGUGGGGCACAGUGUGCGACCACCUGUGGGACCUGCCAGAUGCCAGCGUGGUGUGCCGGGAGCUUGGGUUUGGCACUGCGCGCCAGGCACUCAACAGAGCACAUCUGGGCCAAGGGACGGGCCCCAUACACAUGAACUCUGUGCAGUGCACGGGCACCGAGAAGUCCAUCUUGCAGUGCCAGCACCAAGAAGCUACCUACUGGACCUGUAAACACUCCCAGGAUGCAGCGGUCCGCUGCAAUGUGCCCAAGACGGGCCUGGAGAGCACGGUGCGCCUCGUGGGUGGCCGGGAGCCUGCUGAGGGCCGUGUGGAGGUGUUGCUGGACGUGGGCGGUAGGCGGCGCUGGGGGGCCAUCUGCAGCGAGAACUGGGGCCUCACUGAAGCCAUGGUGGUGUGCCGGCAGCUGGGCUUUGGCUUUGCGUCACGCGCUCAUCAGGAGACCUGGUUCUGGCCCGGGGACCCCAGUGCCAGUGACGUGGUUCUAAGCGGGGCGCACUGCACGGGGUCCGAGCUGUCCAUCCAGCAGUGCCGCAGGAACAGCCAGGAGUACUGCCCUCGGGGUGGUGGGACAAGGGCAGCGGGCGUCAGCUGCGUGGAGACGGCCCCUGACCUGGUGAUAGACGCCCAGCUCGUGCAGGAGACAGCUUAUCUGGAGGACCGGCCUUUGCACCUGCUCACCUGUGCCCACGAGGAGAACUGCCUGUCCUCCUCUGCCCACCGCAUGCAGUGGCCCUACGGGCACCGCCGCCUGCUGCGCUUCUCCUCCCGCAUCCACAACUUGGGCCGCGCCGACUUCCGCCCCCGCGCCUCCCGGGAGGCCUGGGUCUGGCACCAGUGCCACAGACAUUACCACAGCAUCGAGGUGUUUACACACUAUGACCUCCUGACCCUCAACGGCAGUAGAAUCGCAGAGGGCCACAAAGCCAGCUUCUGUUUGGAGGACACCACCUGUCCCGACGGACUGCAGAAACGCUACUCCUGCUAUAAUAUGGGUGACCAGGGCGUGACGGCAGGCUGCUGGGACACGUACCGCCACGACAUCGACUGCCAGUGGGUCGACAUCACGGACGUCAGGCCGGGGAACUACAUCUUCCAGGUGGAGGUUAAUCCCUCGCUGGACAUGGCAGAAUCUGACUUUGUGAACAACGUGAUGCGCUGCCGUUGCCGAUACGACGGACAGAGAGUCUUUCUGUACAGCUGUCACACCAGAGAUGCCUACAGCCCCGAGUCUGAGGACCUCUUCGAGCACGAAGCUCAGAUCUCCAAUAACUUCAUCUAAUCUGGGCAGAGCUGAAAGCUGGGGGGCAGGGGUGGGGGGGUGAUGGCAGGGUCAUAUGGUAGGUAGGUAACAAUGUCAGAAAAGUUACAGAAGGGCAUGGACUUCUAUACUGUCAGCUUACGGGAGCUAUACUGAGUGGCUCAUGCCUUGGGGACAACUGGAUCUAUGGGGAUUCCAGUGCCAAAACAACAUUCGGAAUGGGACCUUAAUGGCAGUUGCAGGGACAGAUGUCAUCAUUGUAACAUUUUAAUUUAAAACAGCUCAUAAGUUAAAAGUUUGGGUCUGAUUAAAGUCUACUCAUUUUUUCUUAAAUGUUACUUCUAAACAUUACUCUAAGGUAUUUUUAAAUUAUUCAGGAACUAUUACAGAGGUUAUUUGAAAAAAACAUUUUUAAUAUAUGGCAGUGGACUUGAAACUUGCUGUCCUUGUUGGAAGAAUCCUCUUUAGGUAAAUGUGUAAUGUCUGUAGAAAUAGAUCAGGUUGCUUUUUGUUUUGUCUUUUGGAAGAUCUGUGAUAUCCAUCUUGAAACUGGUGCUUUUUUUCUUGGAAUUCAUUACAGUAUUCUUUGUGUUUUUAAUUAUAAAUACAUAUUUUUUUGUCAGAUUAGGAAUAAGUUUUAAAUAAAUGUACUGUUGCAUUUUGUAUUGUCAUGUACAUGUUUUAAGUGUUUUGUUUUUUUUAAAAAAAAAAACACAAAACAAGUCAUUGUCUCCUGCUAUGUUUUGAGGGUGCUGUCAUACCAUAUAAAAUUACAGACGACUCACAUGAAAUAAUGCACUUUUCCUGUUAGUCCUUGGAAUUUAAACAGUUAUGUUCGCAAAACUUGUCACCAAAAUGAUAACCAACAAUGGCAGUGAAAAUAUACCAUUUUCUGAAGUGUCCACUGGGAUAUAGCACUUACGUCAGCAUGACGACGCUUUAGUGAAAAUGUAAUUUUCUUUGUUCUACUGGUGAUAUAAAGAUAAUUAAAACUUUUGUAUAUUUUGUGUACAGUUUGCUUACAUGUGACUCACAAAGAAAAAGAGAAAUAAAAUCUGACUGUGUGUAUUACUGUUAAA